CUCACACGCAUGGUCGACCAAUCAGCAGAGCCUGUGGGGGGCAGAAAGCCGGUAGGUUCCACUUGGACAUUAACACGCAGCAGGACGAGCAGAGAGACAGACAGACAGACAGACAGACAGGCAGUCAGGAAACCUUUCUCCGUGUUAUUCUUCUCUUUCUACAGCCGAGGGAUCUCACCUGAACCCGAGACCCAGGGAAGAGGAGCCACUGAUCCGCACUUUCUGAGUUCCUACAGCAGAUGCACAGCCACGGAGAAAUGGCCAUACCCCGGAUGUUCAACUCCAACACGCCGUUUGUCAUCGUCACCGGAGGAUCUGAACUCUCGUUUCUGGGCAAAGAGGACAACAACGGCCAAGGACGUGAGGAGGAGAAGGACUCGCUGGUCCAAGCCAUCGCCCCUCAUCUGAGUCGGGUGAUGCAGCUCGGCACCGCCAAACAUGUGGCCCCUGAGGGGAAGGACGUGACGGAGGAGGAUCCCUGUGUCUCCAUCGUCGCGCAGGCCGAGAGAGAAGACUUUCAGGAGUUCAGCCCUACCAACACACAGUGCCCUUACUCAAGAUCUCAGCUUCUCAAAAAGCAAAGGUCUCUCAGCAUGGAAACUUCCCUCCCGAGUGACACGGAGGACGAGGACUUCGCUGUGGCUGCCAGACUCCCGCUCCACCCCCUCCAGAAGAAACAAUGCAGGAAAACCAGACGACAGAUCCAGGAGGACGGGGAAGAACGUCCAAUCAUCCGGGGCCUGUGGGUGCAGGAGAUUGAUUGGCUGAAGUCUGCAGGCAGAGAGACGACGUCAUCAUCAUCCGCUGAGAUCAUACCGCCUCCUCCUCAGUUUACCGACCGCUGCCUGGGAGACUCCAGCGUGUACGAAGGCUGUGCAGAUGUGUGUAUAAGAGGAUUACUACCAGUAGAUACAGACGACACCUCCAGCUCGGACCCCGGAGGAGGCUCGGACUCUGAUUGCGGCCUGGAGCAGGACUCUGAGUCUAUUUACACUCACGAAAGCGAGUCGGACUCAUCCUGCGGCGCUGAGGACGACACACAAACACCAGCAAGUUUUGGAGCUGAAGCCAGAAUGUCAAGUUUAACCUUUGACCUGAUGCAGGUGUCUGGUUUUACUUCCACCUGUCAUGCUGAGUGGGAUUUUGACUCUACAGGGUGUGUUCAAAGCCUGCUGGGAAAUUCAGACACCACAAGCGCUGUGAAUACAUUCCAGUGUGCCUUUAGUUUCGAUGACACGAGUGAUAUUGACACAGUUUUGGACGGCCUAAGAGGCAGAGUGACACGGCUGCCAAAGCUCUUUGUUUCACCUUUCUUUAGAGAUUUGAUCAAACGGACUCUGAACGCCUGGAAGACCACAACAUCUGUCAACGAAGGACUCAUAUUUCAUCAUCAACUUCAGCCCAGCAGCUCUCAGUACAGGGAGGGAGAGGAGUACUGCAUCCUUCACAACAUCCAGAACGGCUCGUAUGGCGAUGUCUUCUGUGUCCGGGACAAAAGGACUGGAUUCCAGUGUGCUGCCAAGAGGAUCCCACUGAGUCACUUCAGCAGCGAGGAGGUGAGCACGUGGAGCGCUCUCAACUCUCCUCGUGUUGUGGAGCUCUUUGGGGCUGUGAGGGAGGGCCUCAACAUUGUGCUCUUCAUGGACCUGAAGCCAGCAUGUUUGGCCCAGCUUGUAAAAGAGAUGCACUCGCUCCCCGAGGAUCUGGCCCUGCACUACCUCCAUCAGUCACUGGGGGCACUAGAGCACCUGCACCGCAGAAAGGUCCUUCACCUGGAUGUCAAAGUUGACAAUGUGCUGCUGUCUGCAGACUGCAGAGACACAUUCCUCUGUGACUUUGGUCUCUCAGAGACUUUAGAUGACAACGGAUGGAGCACCAAAGCAUUCAGGGGAGCUGCCUUCCCCGGCACAGAGACCCACAUGGCCCCCGAGGUGGCAGGAGGGGAUCAACUGAGUGCCAAGGUGGACGUGUGGAGCAGCUGCUGCAUGCUGCUGCACAUGCUCAACGGAUGCCACCCAUGGAUACGCUACUACUCUCACCCACUGUGUCUCCAGAUUGUCAACGAGCCUCCUCCUCUAUGGGAGGUGCCGUCCAACUGCAACAACUUCACGGCCAAAGUGUUCAGGGCCGGGCUCCAGAAAAACCCGGACAGACGAGCAUCGGCAAAGGAGCUCCGGAGGAAAACCACUAAGGCCCUCAGAGCAGUUGGAGGUUUGAGUCCCUGGUCUGUCAAAAGUGCCUGUGAGAAGCUGCGUAAUGACAAGAGCCAGAAUGAAGACACCCCUUGCUCUUUGUCACCUGGAAUCGUCCCAACUAAACCAUCAGCCACGAUGUACUGGGUGAGCCCCUGGAGGACUACAGCAGUGGAAGAGGACAGCAGUGACUGGAAAGAUGGGGACUCAGACCAAGCCUCUGAAGUGGAGACAGAUUCCUUAACUAGGGAAUGGGAGUCUCGGCCAAAAUCACUGCAGGAUGAUUACACUGCAGAUGGAAAAGACUGGGACACCGGUUCUGAUUCAGAGGUCGAUAUCUACAUGGCAGAGGAGGAACACGUUCAGGAAAAGUGGCUGAAAAAUGACAGGGACUAUGAGGGGGAUUGGGAAGAGGAAGGAGAUGAAGAGGAGGAGGAAGGCGAGGAUGAAAAGUGGGACUCGUCCAUGUCUACAGAGUAUCUCCGUGCUCUUCGAGGCAUUUUCCCUUUGCUGCAAAAAGGCCAACAGACAAAUGACAAUUCAUGGGGAUCAGAGCCAGAGCUGGAAUACCUUCGAGACGAUGUUGCUAUCGGCACAACCAUCCCGACCCCGUCCCCUGAACCUCGAGACGACCCUCCGUCCUGUUUUAGCUGCUCGGACACAUCGCAGAUGGAUGCCUCAGAGAAGGACUCUGAUCACUCGUCUGACGAUCUGAGCUCUGGAGUCUUUUCCUCCUGCAACAGUCAGACAGACGGACACUUGGAGUGGUUGGCCUCGGCCAAUCAGCCCUCCUCGUACUGCUUUGAAGGUGUUGACAUCUGGAUUGAGAACGUCCAGGGCGAGUGUCUGAGGAUACGUGAACGUCGGCAGGUCAAAGUGGGACACGUUGCGAUAGGAAUUAGUGAUCAGAUCUCAGGGAAAGCCUUCACUCUGGAGACUCUGGACAGGAAGACGGUGUCCUUUGAACAAGAGAUCCAAGAGUCUUGUCUGUGGCUGCGCUGUGUUCCCGCUCCGGACAGAUGUCAGCGCUGGAGGUGGAGAGUCAGAGACGGAAAGCUGGAACUUCGAGAAUGAGACGGACAUAUUUGUUUUUAAGUGUUCGUUGUUUGCACUGAUUUAUACAUUGAUUGUUAUAAAGACAUGUGGACAUAAAAAUGCGUACAUGUA